AUGUCUCGCCAAAUUGCCAAUACUAAAGUUUCAAAGACUUCAAGUUCCUUGGGUACAAAUAUGCGUCAUGUUCCUGUUGAACAUAAACGUCGGUUUAUGAUCAAAAAAAUUGUAUUAAACAAUUUUAAAUCGUAUAUUGGUCAAGUCGAGAUUGGCCCAUUUCACAAG